GCCGCAAUUUUUCAUUAUUUCACCAUGGCUUCCCCGCAUCACAUUCGAUUAGUGCUUUUUUAUGUCUCUCGACGCGAAGUUGUUUGCCAUGACGGUGGAAAGAUUGCGGGGAAAUGUCCGGGAAGUGUUAAAUGGUGUAAUUAGCCUCCAUAUCGAUAUUCUGGUCAUGGAGGCGAAUGUUUCCCAGCUUAUCGAGGAAGUCCGCGAAAUCAACGCCGAUCUGUUCGAAACGAAUCGCCUGGAUACACUAAUUAGACUGCUGAAGGAUUUUAACGGUCCUGUUAUAUGCCAUGAAUGGCCUUAUCCUCUCCUGGUUGAGGGAAAUGUCGACGAGGCCGAUAUAGCGCAGACUGGUGACACCGGACACGAGACAUGAAUUCAAAGGGAUUCAAUUAAACCCUCGGUCGAAUCAUGGCGUUGCUCUGGGUGCAUCCUAGUUGGCUCCGCUGUCCUGGCCGGAGCUUUGUGUUAAUUUCAAUCUUUUUAAUAAACUUUAUCGAAACAGAUUUUAAUUAUGCAUAAAUUACCCGCGAAAGUACCACCAUCAGAGCUGGGAGUCAACCACAGUCAACUGCAUGAAAUGUGCGAGUGUAUGAUGUCAUUAAUGCAAUCUAAUUAAGGAUAAUAAUUUAGUGUAAAGGAGUGGCUCACGCGAGUGAAAAGAAUGUCCGUUAACGUUUUAUCCAAUUUCCAUGUUAUUUCAGAACUAUUUCCUGUUAUUUGUCCCAUAGUUAAUUUAUACGACAUACGAGCUUAUUAAGUGUGAGUGCGAAAUGGUACCCACAAAUUUGAGAUGUUUUGUGCCUUGUUGCGUCUGUGUCUUUGUCUGCAUAAAUAAUACACGCAUUUUGUAAAUUGUUAA